UAUCUUAUGCGCAUAACCCAAAACCCGGUCAUGCUUUUCUUUCUGCCUCCCCCAACUCACACUUCGGAACUUUUGAGUUGAGAAUUUACAUUCAAAUUUUAAUCCCACUUCACACUUUUCUCAAUUUCUCAUUUUCUCUGUUACAGUGUUACAAAUGGAUCAUUCACUAUACAACACCCAUGUAAAACUCUUAGCCUUCGACCUCCUCACUCUCACCCAAACCUCAUCUUCCUCCUCUUCCUCAGACCCAGUUUCCUUCUCUCGCAAUAGCGCUCUCCUUUCCCGCGCCGAGACCGUCGGCACCGUCACGUCCCGUGACCUCAAACCCAACAAGUUCCUCCGCUUUACUAUCGACGACGGCACCGGCUGCGUCAACUGCAUCCUCUGGCUCAACCAGCUCUCUUCCCCCUACUUUUCGCGCCGUAACCCGGCAGAUGUUCGACUUAUUGCCCAAACGGCGCAGCACUUCGCGGCGGAGAUUAAGCUCGGAGUGGUUGCCAGGGUGCGCGGGAAGAUCACGAGCUAUAGAGGCGUUACGCAGAUCACUGCGUUGGAUGUUGUCGUUGAGAGGGACCCCAAUGUGGAGAUUUUGCAUUGGUUGGAUUGCAUGAGGUUGGCGCGAAAAGUUUACAAUGUCGUUCCUCCAUGCAAAUAAAUACAGAAUUCAAAUUGAAUCUUGAUUAAACGGGUUUUUUGUUUUGAUUUUGUAUGAAGUCUGAAGUUGGGGGUUUUGGAAUUUGUGUGUUUGUAAUUUGGACAAGUGUGGCUAUGGGUAUUGUUAACCAAUAACAUCCCUCUUUCUUCUUCUUCUUCU